AACAACUCGUACCGUCGUACGCACUCUCGCCGUGAAUUCAUAGCUCUCGAUUAUCGAUCGACUUUCGACGACCUACCAAGACAAAGCUACAAGCGCGACACGUACGCGACCAUGGCGGGCGGCAGCAAGGCCGCGGCCGCUGUGGCUGUGGUCUUGGCCUUCCUACUCUUCGCCAUCGCCUCGACAGCAGCCGCCGCCGCACCCGACAUGUCCAUCAUCUCGUACAACUCGGCGCACGCCGUCCGUGGGCUGGAGCGGACGGAGGCCGAGGUGCGCGCGAUGUACGACCACUGGCUGGCGCGGCACGGCCGCUCGUACAAUGCGCUCGGCGAGUACGACCGCCGGUUCCGGGCGUUCUGGGACAACCUCAGGCUCGUCGACGCCCACAACGCCGACGCCGACGCCCGCGGGUUCCGCCUCGGGAUGAACCGCUUCGCCGACCUCACCAACGACGAGUUCCGCGCUGCCUACCUCGGCGCCAUCCCGAGCAGCCAAGGCCGCCACGCCGUCGGCGGGAGGUACCUCCACGACGGCGCCGAGACGCUGCCGGAGUCCGUGGACUGGAGGGAGAAGGGCGCCGUGGCCCCUGUGAAGAACCAGGGCCAGUGCGGCAGCUGCUGGGCGUUCUCGGCGGUCGGCGCGGUGGAAGGCAUCAACAAGAUUGUCACGGGCGACCUGGUGACGCUGUCCGAGCAGGAGCUGGUGGAGUGCGCAAGGAACGGGCAGAACAGCGGGUGCAAUGGCGGGAUGAUGGAGGACGCGUUCGACUUCAUCGCCCGGAACGGCGGCAUCGACACGGAGGAGGACUACCCCUACACCGCCAAGGACGGCAGGUGCGACCACGCCAAGAGGAGCCGCACGGCCGUGUCCAUCGACGGCUUCGAGUUGGUGCCGGAGAACGACGAGCUGUCCCUGAAGAAGGCGGUGGCGCACCAGCCCGUGAGCGUGGGCAUCGAGGCCGGUGGCCCCGAGUUCCAGCUGUACGAGUCGGGGGUGUUCACCGGCAGGUGCGGCACGGAGCUGGACCACGGCGUGGUGGCGGUGGGGUACGGCACCGACAAUGGCAGGGACUACUGGAGCGUGCGCAACUCAUGGGGCCCAGACUGGGGCGAGGGCGGCUACAUCCGGAUGGAGCGCAACGUCACCGCGCGCGCCGGCAAGUGCGGCAUCGCCAUGAUGGCGUCCUACCCCGUCAAGAACGGGCCCAACCCCUCACCCAAGCCUGACCCGCCGAAGCCGGUGGCCUGCGACCGCCACAGCAAGUGCCCGGCGGGGAGCACCUGCUGCUGCACCCACGGCGUGAGAAAGACGUGCUUCGUCUGGGGGUGCUGCCCUGCCAAGGGUGCCACCUGCUGCAAGGACGGCGCCACCUGCUGCCCGUCGGACUACCCCGUCUGCAACGCCGAGAACCGCACUUGCUCCAAGAGCAAGAACAGCCCGUACAACGUGGAUGCGCUUAUCCGUACUCCGGCCAAGCGAAGCAGGACAACGACGAUUACACAACUGGUCGAUUUUUAGUUUUCUCUGAACUGGACUUCUAGGCUCUGGGUCUUUUCUUAGUUUCUUUAGCACAUGGGUAUUUUCUUAGUUACAAUAGUACACCAUAUAGGAUAUGAAAUUUGUAUCCGCACGAACAUGUACAUGCGAAAUACCAGUUUUUUUUAACACAAAUACCAGAAUUUUCACCUCGUUGAGAUCAGACA